UUGCUAAUUUGCUCGGUUGGUUGGGAUGGGCUUUGCCCAGUUCUGUGCGCAAUUCCGUUCUGCAUUGCUUGGUCUCGACCAUUUGAUUUAGCGGUCAGUCAAUUGACAAUGCAUGAGGAAACUUUGGCUCCCAUACUAAUUUUUCCCAUAAAGAUGAAUAUAGACAAUUCUACCCAAAUGGACCUCUGUACCCAAAGGGGAAAGAAGAGUCUUUUCAUGCUUUAUUGACACCGGGGAAGGCGUUUGGUGGUUUGUUUGUGACAGGCCGAUGGGGUUGUAGGAAGGGGUCAAAUGCGAGUGUCUCACACUUCCAAAUUGUACUUCGGUAAUUGUGGCCUUCUUUUGGUCAAUUUAGCUGUUGUUGGGCCUCUUUUCUUUUCUUUAUCUAUUUGUGGUUAUUCAGGCAGUACAAGUCAACAGUCUUAUGUUCAUCCUCCUAACUUUCUGAUUUUCAGUUACAAGUGCAAUAGCGAUAUGCUGCAGUGAUCUUUGGUUGAUUUCAGAGUGCGAAUGGUGUGAUUGUCUUAUUAUGUAGGUGGAGGUACCAUGUGUGAAGAAUACAAGGAUGUAGAUGUGGUGAGCACCAUCUCAGAAUCUUCAACCUCGCUUGAGACAGGGGGUGGGCACCGGUCGCGAGAUACCCACUCCAUGGGCUCCAGGGUCAGGGUGCCCGAGGAGGAUUCGUGUGACUCUGAGAGUGUGGCUUCUAACUUUGAAUUCCACAAGGAACGAGGGGCGUCCGCUCGGUCAGCGGCAGCAUCAGUUGUUCCUCCCUUCUCAAAGCCUGCUCCAUCAAAGUGGGACGAUGCGCAGAAAUGGAUUGCCAGCCCGACAACAAACCGUCCUAGCAGGGCUGCUGGUGGGGCAGUACCCAGGAAGAUGGAGAAACCUAGCUCUGGCAUUGGGAGACUACCAGCAACAAAGGUUGUGUUGGAGGCCACGGAGGAGAUAGAUACUAAGAGGAUUGAUCCAAGCCAAGAGAAGAGGGAAAUUGGGUGGCAGAAAGCUGUAAAUUGGGCUCCACCUGAUCCCUAUCCAGAAGUGGAGCCUUAUUCAAAGACUACAAUUGCUGCAGAAAGUACAAUAGUUGAUUCAGCUGUUACUUUUGAUCGUAAUGAUUCAUCCACCCCACUUCAAAGCGCAACAACAUGCAUACCUCCUCCAUCAACAGUUAGGUCAGUAUCAAUGAGGGAUAUGGGCACUGAAAUGACUCCUAUUGCAAGCCAAGAACCAUCCCGGACAGGAACACCAGUGAGAGCAACAAGUCCAAAUUGUUCUCGGCCAACAACUCCACGAAGGAUGUUAGGUCCCAAUGCAAUUGGAGCUGUUAUCAGCCAUGGAGAAUGUAGCAAUGCCGAAUUAAGUGAACAGGAUCUGCAAACAAAAACUAGGAAGGAGAUAAUGCUUCUUGGCACACAGCUUGGUAAGACAAAUAUUGCAGCAUGGGCAAGCAAGAAGGAAGAGGAAAAGGAUGCAUCACUUGCACUGAAAACAGUGCCCAUGGACCAAUCAACACAGAACAUAACUGAAGUCCGUGCAGCUGCUUGGGAGGAGGCGGAAAAGGCCAAAUACUUAGCCAGGUUCAAACGAGAAGAGAUCAAGAUCCAAGCAUGGGAGGAUCAUCAAAAGGCUAAAAUUGAAGCUGAAAUGAGAAAAAUCGAAGUUGAAGUGGAGAGGAUGCGUGCCCGUGCUCAAGACAAGCUGAUGACCCAGCUUGCAUCAGCAAGGCACAACGCAGACGAGAAGCGUGCUUCGGCCGAACUGAAAAGGAACCGUGCGGCAGCAAGGACGGCCGAACAGGUGGAGCACAUCCGGAGAACCGGCAGGGUGCCACCUUCGUUUGGCUGCUGGAACUGGUGCUCGUAGGAAGCAAGCUAGCGCUUUUGUCUCUCCCUAGCAUCUCCUGGCCAUGAAGUAUCGUCACCUGUUAGUCUGUUACUGUCUACUAGUGAAAUGAAUAUCGAAUGUCUUGUAGAAUCGUCCAUUUGGAUUGAUUCAGUAGAUAUGUGACAGAAGGAGAAUGAAUCACUUGUAACUAUAUAUAUAAGAUGUGUGCCUCUUGGUGUCUCUGCUGUGCAGUUACUGUAGUGUCACAGAUGUCUCGAAAUCAUUGUGAAGUGAAGUUCAGAAUCAGGCUCAGUUUGCCUGCUUGAA